AUGGAGACUCGUUGGACCGCACGGAACUCCAGCAGCCACAGCUUCAAGAGUGGACUGACCCUGUGGUUGGUGUUGUGGUUAUUGGUAGUGAAGCCGGGUGGAGCAACAGCAUGCCCCAGGUUGUGUGUGUGUUACCCCAUGCCAAUGACGGUUAGCUGCCAGUCCCAGAACUUCACCAUAGUGCCAGCCGGCGUGCCCUAUGACUCCCAGCGUGUUUUCCUGCAGAAUAAUCGCAUCACAGAGCUGCGGGCAGACUCCUUUGGCUUUGAGACACAGGUGCUGUGGCUGUACAGCAACAACAUCACAUGGAUCGAGGCCGGGGCUUUCAGUAACCUCAGGGUGCUAGAGGAACUCGACCUGGGCGACAACCCCUCACUGCGGCGCUUGGAAGGUGGAGCUUUCAGGGGCUUGGAGAAGCUGCAGAGCUUGCACAUGCACCGCUGCAAGCUGGCCACUCUCCCCCAUGACCUCUUCCACAAGCUGUACAGCCUGCAGUUUCUCUACCUGCAGGAGAACCAGCUCCACUUUCUGCAGGACGACCUGUUCUCAGACCUGGUCAACCUCACCCAUCUUUUCCUGCAUGGAAACCGCAUCCGCAUGCUGUCUGAGAAUGUGUUCCGAGGCCUGGUCAACCUGGACCGCCUCCUUCUCCAUGACAACCGUAUCAGGCAGGUCAACCGUCGGGCCUUUCGCGACCUGGGCCGCCUGACCAUCCUCUACCUGUUCAACAACUCCUUGGCUGAGCUGCCGGGACAGACCAUGAAGGACGUCCAAGGCAUCCAGUUCCUCCGCCUCAAUGGCAAUCCCUGGUCCUGCGGCUGUGAGGCGCGUCCCCUCUGGGAGUGGUUCCGCAAGGCCCGCAUCUCCUCCUCUGAGCUGAUGUGCACCUCACCAUCUCCCCGUCGUGGCCAGGACCUCCGAUUCCUCCGGGAGAUGGACUUUGCCCUCUGCCCUCUCCCAGACCCUGGCUCUCUGGCGGGAACGACCACGACCACCUUUAGCACCAAGACUCGCUGGUGGUUCUCCAAGCACAAGCCAGCAACUUCGUCCAAGGCCAUGUACCAGAAGAGCUCAGAGACGGUCAAGGCCUUCCCUUUCUCCUCCGGCAAGAACCAACACCUCCCCAGCAACCCCUCCACCUCCUUCUCCGCCAAGUAUGAACUAUCAGAGGAUGAGGUGGCGCUUCCUAAGCUGGAGCCAGAAGAGUACUGGGCCAACUACGGCAACGAAGACGCCUCCAUCCGCUGCUUCGAGUUGGAGUGCCCCCCAGGCUAUGACAACCCAGCCUUCCCCGCAUCCUCCUCCUCCCUCGCCACCCCGUCCCUCCUCUCCCUCCUCGCCCUCUCCACAGUAACCCUCUGCCUCCAUCUCCUCUUUGGCUGA